UUUUUCUGUCAGUACAAGCAGGUAAAAUGCUCAUGAUCAGAGCUAUAUUCAUGGUCAGCCUUGCAUUUGUUUGUAUGGCAGUUUGUCCACAUGAACGGCACGGAUUAAAACGUUGGUCGGAUCUCUCAACGUGGAACGCACCGAACAAGCCAAUGGAAGGUGAUAGCGUGUUUGUUGCCGAGGCAAUACUGCUAGAUGAGUCACCGCCUGAACUAUACAACAUUACCAUAGAAACAGGCGGUCGUCUCGUUGCUGACCCUGCUACCAAGGUCACACUCAGAGUGGCAAAUAUUUACAUCGAAGGUGCAUUCGAGCUCGGGAGUGAAGACUGUCUUUUUGAUGGAGACCUGACUAUUACUCUGACAGGAACACGGGAAUCUCACACGGGUGAGAAACACCCAAAGGCCAUUCUCGUUAAGAGUGGUGGAACUCUUGACAUACACGGCAAGAGUAAGCUCCCUUGGACAAAGAUUUCCAAAACAGUUGGACCAAGUUCCGCAGACGAUAUUUACUUCGAACAUAAGACCAGUACAAACGCUGAUAUUGACGCCUCGAAGAAAGGACUUGCAGUAUACACCUUUUCCAUCGACAAUGCGGGAAUACCUAGUGUGAAACAAUUUGGAGUGUACAACCUGGUUUGGGACGGAGAGGAUUUUGCUGCGCAUAUCAAUAAUGUUGCUGACGGUGACGUCAUAAUGUUAUCAACACAAAGAUUCAUAUAUCGAUAUGACGCAUAUAAGAAUACAAAACAGUUCCUAGCAUAUGACGCAAUUGAAAAUCUUCUAUAUGGAGAGGUGAAUGACGCCAGCACUCUUCGCAAGGUCCUGGAUGAUGGAACUACUUACGGUCUUAUCUACCAAAAAGGGAACCCUGACAGUCUGGUAGAGAUCACAAAACCUCUUGGACAGGGAUUCAAAAUUUAUUAUAUUUGGAACAAUAAUCUUGUGUUCUUUGCUGAGACUGGGUCAGGACCUAAUUUCUAUUAUCAUCUCGACAACUUUAGAGUAAGCAAUAUUGACGCCGCUUUUCCACUUCUUGACGUCAUAGAUGACGCAACAUCGUGGGUUCCAGGCGACAAAAUAAUUGUGACAUCGACAGAUUAUAACUGGAGACAGGUUGAGGAAAUGACAGUUUUUCAAUGUGACUCGUGCAGUUCUCAACAAAUUAGAGUCACUGAACCGUUCAAGUACACUCACUUCGGUAAAGUUAUCAAGGGAAACUCCAUAGACAUGAGGGCGGAGGUUGCCUUGCUCAGUAGAAAUAUUGUGAUUGAGGGUGAAACGGAGGACACGUGUCCCCCUAGCAACGGCAACUGUGACGAUAAAUAUGUGUACGGUUUGGAUACAUUUGGAGCUCAUGUAAAGGUAUUGGCCGGGUACGCUGGUGUACGUAUAGAAGGAGUCGAACUGAGAAAUGUUGGCCAGCACACAGAUCUAGGUCGUUACCCCCUACACUUUCAUAUGUGUCUGGAUCCCCCGGACAGCUCUAACCCUCCCUACAUCAGAGAAGUGUCUAUCCAUCAUACCUUCGCAAGAUGUAUUACAAUUCACGGCUCACAUGAAGUUCAACUGAUUGAUAACGUCUGUUACUAUCACAUUGGUCACGGUUAUUUCAUGGAGGACGGCAGUGAAAAGGGAACAGUGUUUGAUGGUAACCUGGCUGUUGGAGCAAGGAAAGCCUCGGCAGACUUAGAGCCAACUGACAUAAUACCUACAAGCUUUUGGAUAACAAAUCCAAAUGUCAAAUUCGUCAACAACUUUGCCGCCGGUGCUGACGGGGUCGGAAUAUGGUUCGUAUUUCCGGAUGAACCAAUGGGGCCGUCUAAAGGUCUCGGCACCAUGGAGCUGUUUGAGGCUAAAAGUACGCCUGUAACACAGUUAUAUAACAACGUUGCCCAUAGCAACAACCACAAAGGAAUCAUGAUUGGCAAUCAUCUGAUAGCUGACCGAACGCUGAAGUGUUGUAACCAUUGGCAACCGAGAGUUGAUCCACGAGACCCUGAUUCGGAUCCUAUUGAAAUAACUAUUUCAAAACUAACAGCGUACAAGAACAGUCGUUUAAACAUAUGGGCCGAGGGUGGACUUAUUAACUGGACUCACAUCUCCGUUGCCGACAGCUCAAAUGGAAUAAUGGUUCACAACGAUCAGCUGCUUAAUCAAUUUUCUGGACGCUUGAUGAAAUCAGUGAUCGUGGACGACACCGAGAAUAUUGGUGAACCGGAAGAAGGGGACGUCCGAAGUCUUCCGAUGUAUAUGGACCGGAAUACACCUCAUACUGGCAUGACGAUGUGGUUCGGACCUAUGAAAUUCAGCGAGUUGUGGUUUGAUGGAUUCAAACAGAAUAAUGUUUAUGAUACCGGAGCAAUCGGCCAAAAACGACCAUCACCAUAUCUAUUUCCUAUGACCAACGAGUACAGAAACAUACAGUAUGCUUUAGAUGACGGUCCUGGUCUUGGCAACUUGGCAAUUACUGGAUCUUAUGGUGUUGACGCUGGAUGGCCGGAAGAUGACGGGCAAAAGGUGAUGGGAUUUACCUGGUACCGUGACACACCGGAAGGUGUUAAGAGGUACUAUGUUGUUAGACCGGACCAUCUCUCUGCUGCAGCUGCUGAUUGCCGAAUUCGUACUAACUGGAGACUUGCAAUAUGCGAGACUAAAUAUGGCGACUUGAACCUAAGAUUCAGGCAAAAUAAGAAUAACAAAGGAGCGGUAUUCGUGCGCGAUGAUUUACCAAGCGCCCAAAUGAGUAUGAAAAUGGACCAGACGAAUGGACCGAAAGUAGUCCUUGACGGAAGUCAUUCAUACACAGUACAUUUCUUGGGAGAAAUUCCUGGUGAUAUAAAAGUGACAGGAGAGGGUAUGGAAACAGGUGAUGUUCUCAGGGUUGGAUUUUGUCUUCCACGGGACGCUUCUUUUAGAAUAUCGAGCUUCUGGCCACACAGAUUGAAUGGCGCGAGCUCCUUUACAAAGGUAGAAUCUUUGCAAGAACUUGAUGAGCAAUCAAGUGAGUUAGAUGGCAAGAAAUACUAUUAUGAUGACACUACUGGGAUGUUGUAUUACAAGUUUAUCAAUGUCAAGGACAGAUCUCCCGAAGAAUGGAAUUCGUGCGCCGACGGAAAAUGCCCGUAUCUAAAUAUCUAUGUAGAUUCUGGAACAUUGAGCGACGCUGACUGUAGGCAACGCUUAUAUGGGGAUAAGCUAAACAUGCCGAAGCCUGACAUUCCGAGGUAUGAUGACGUCAUACCAGCAAACGGUGCUUCUGUUCCACCCGAGGGAUGGGGUGCGGGCGUGACUCGACCAUUUACAACCAGGGACGUCGUUGAUGGAGGUCUCAGUGACUGGACCAAGUGGUCAAAAUGCUCGGUCACCUGUGGCGUUGGAAUAAUGAAAAGGGUAAGAAGAUGUGACAACCCGAGGCCUGCAAAUGGAGGGAAAGUAUGUGAGGGAACUCUUUUCGAAGAAAAAGCAUGUUUCGACAAAGAGUGUC